UUGACCAUGAUAGCGUUGAUGAUUCUGAGAGUAAAAAAACCUGAGGCAAACCGUCCAUACAAGGUACCUCUGGCCAUUCCUUGGUUAGUGCUGGUGAUAUCUUGGAUGCUCGUCUUUGCUUCCAUCAUCACCCGGCCGACCAACACUUAUUUCCCAGCUGUUGUAGGCAUUUCCAUCGGUAUAAUCGUGCAGUACGUUUUUGUCUUCAAAAAGAAUCGGAUCCGUGGAUUAGGAAAUCUCAUGAAAAUUCUCCAGAAGUGGAUGGAUGUGGUUCCUCCUACUCGGCGGUAAAGGAUGGAAC